UGAUCUGGGAGCCGACCUCGGACCGCGCCUCCCGACCUCAAAACGCUGUUCUGCUCAGAUCAUGGCACUCCCACACAUCACAUUUCGAGGUAUCGAUGUCCGGUAACACGAAUACCGAUAUCCUUCUUGCCGGCGCAGUCGCAGCAUUCUCUGUCGAUCUACUUGUCUACCCACUCGAUACUUUGAAAACGAGAUUUCAGAGCCCGGACUAUGCAAGGUUUUAUACCAAUGUCGCGACGGGGAAGCCGAAUCCCGCGUUGUUCCGUGGCUUGUAUCAGGGCGUGGGGAGUGUCAUCAUAGCGACUUUGCCUUCAUCAGGAGCAUUUUUUACGACCUACGAGCGGACAAAAGCUUUCUUCACGCACAUCAAUCCUUCGACAUCUGCGCACCCCAAUGGCCUCGUUCCUGCGCCGGUGAUACACGCGACGGCGUCUUCAAUCGCAGAGCUGGUAUCCUGCGCGAUACUCACUCCAGCCGAGGUCAUCAAGCAAAACGCUCAAAUGGUCUCCGCAGGCUCUUCCACAAAUGCCACGAUUCAGACGCUCGCAAAGUUCAAAUCGAAUCCGCUAGCGCUAUGGCGGGGCUAUACAGCACUAGCGGGGAGGAACCUUCCAUUCACGGCUCUGCAAUUCCCCAUGUUUGAGCGGCUGAAAGAGGCAAUUAGGGCCGAUAGGGAUAGGAGGGGCUUGACGACUGGAACGAUCCUUGAGAGUGGGAUGAUUACUGCGUUUAGUGCUGGGAGCGCGGGAGCGGUCGCGGCGGUACUGACGACGCCUGUGGAUGUGGUCAAGACGAGAAUCAUGCUCUCCGCUGCGGGGGACGGCGCCAACGAGGCUUCAAAGAAGCAAACCAGCGCAAAACCCGGUUCUAACGGACUGGUGGACGCGUUUGGAAAGUCGGUCGAGUCAUCGAAGGCCACCGCGAAGAACGCGGCGCGUAAUCUCAAUCCCAUGCUGAGUCCGGAGCAGAAGGGAAAGAAGAGCGCCUGGAAGAUUGGAACGGAUGUUGUGAGCGAACAGGGCAUGAAGGGCCUUUGGAGAGGCGGUGCACUGAGAGGUAUAUGGACGUUUAUUGGUAGUGGGCUGUAUUUGGGUGUUUAUGAAAGUGGAAGGGUGUAUUUGGCGAACAGGAGAGGGGAACAUGUUGACGAGGCGGAGCUGCUGUGAGGCAGGUGCAGCUCGUAAGUCCUUCCUAAACGCGAUCACUAAGGAAAGCAACUCAAAACCACGUUUUCAUCGUCUCGCUGGACCGUCAACAUUGCUAAACAGCGGCCGCACCAUACUGACGCUGAGAAGCAUUUCAACAUACGUCACUAGCUCUUAGAACAAAGCACCUUCAUUAGGUCCCGAGUCAUUGCUCUCACUACUAGGGCAAUCUAGAGACUUACGAUGGCUCCUAGGUAGAGCAUAUCAGUCCUUCCCAAGACCUUCUUAAAAAAAAGG